AUGUUUCGUUUUUUUCCUCUGAUUUAUUUUCUAACUUUGGUUCUGACGGAAACUUUUUCCAGCGAACUUAACACUAAUAUCUGGGCCGUAAAAAUGAGUGGCGGCCGACAAGAAGUCGAGAAGUUAGCCCUAAAGUACGACCUCUCUUAUGACAAACAUGUAAGUAUGUAAGUACUGCUUCGUUAUGUACGUUUCGACUGAAUUGUUGAAUCAGAAACAGAGGUAAGCUGGGACUUUCUCCUACAUACCACGCAACCAUUUUUCGAUUUUAUCGCGCUUCUAGCCAAGUUACAUUGAGAAAAAAAUCGCAAGAAUGACAACAAACACAAAUAGACGAGCCAUUUUUUCGUGCUUCCCUACUACCGCGCCUAUUCGAAAGCUGGAAACAAAUACGUACGCGUGGCGCAGGUGCAUGCCAGCGGUUACUCUCAACAAAGAAAAACCUACACUGCCGCAUGCACAGAAAAAUACCCUUCUGCUCAUAAGGCUAAGAUUUGACAAUUAAGCUUAAGAGAUCUGAGAGACCUCUUAAAAUUAGCUGUGGCUAAACGCCCGGCAGCCCGGCACGGUCUCAAAAAGAAUUAAUGUUCGGCAGUCAGAAAUUUUCACAGAAUUUAAACUGAAAGAUUCUUUCAAACUUCUUAAGAAUAUCAGAUGUUUGUUUACAAAUGUUAAGCGAUUCCAAAAAUUAAUUUGUUUUUUUAGAGGACAAGUUCUCCGAGCUUGUGCAUCCCAUAUUGAUUGAUUUUAUAGGAACCGUUUUCAUUUUAACAUUAUUUCAUUGAACUUUUCAGCUCUUUGAUGACUAUCAUACUAUAAAAAGUGUGAAAAAGUCUGGGAAGACCUUACUAUCAUCAGAAAUUGACAGCAUUUUACGUUCUGAGCCAAAGGUAAGGGUACUAAUUAAGGAAUUUUCCACUCAACAGGAACUUUGGAACAGGGUCAAUUUUAAGUAUAAGAAUGGUAAAGGUUGAAAACUAGAGUUUUUUACGACAUAAUAUGUCAUUGCAUACCUGUCAAUAUUAGUUACAAAGAAGAAAGUCUGCAUGAACUUUCAAUCAUGUCUUGAAUGUCGAAUGGAUUCAUUCUGCUAGUUGUUUUUGUGCGGACAUGUUGUUGACUGAAAUAGUCGUUCAUGUUGAACACUAGACUCGAAACAGUUGAAAAUCUACCUUACACAACUGGAUACGCUGCAACUGUUGAGUUUUCGAUUUCAAGAUUGUUAUUAUUAUGCGAUUUUGCGAACUGCGUAACAACUGUGCAAUUUAAAUGAGUAAAAUACAUGCGUACAAAAAGAAGGAUUUACUUGAACUCAACUAGGGGCAGUCACUUAAUUCGACAGAGUUAUUGUUUUCAGGUGCUCCUUUCAUGGAAAACAGAUUUGUUUUUGAAACUUGCAUUAGAGAUUGAAAGUCAAAACUACCCUUUACAACAAAUACUGUUUUAGUCUCUAAACUCACUUAAAUUUCCUGAUCUUAUGUUUACUUAAAGUUAUGAGUAAGUCAGGCCACAGAGGCUCUGAUAUUUAUUUUUUCUUUUCCAAAGAAUUCUCAUUAGAUAUUGAUAAUUCAUAAUUCAUUCGUUAUUUUCUUUAUAUUCAGGUUGAAUGGUUUAUGCAUCAGAAAAAGAAAAAGUAUAAACUUUUACAGAUAGACCCAGAACUUCGUGAGAUGUGGUAUAUUGUAAGUUAAUUCUUCUUUCAUUAUUUGGUCGGUGAAUAUGUUAAUAUUACUGUGUCUACCGGCUGUAGCAAAGACGAAGACCCCCAAAGACCCGAAAAUGAAGACCCCUUUAUUUUCUUUAUAUAUUAUGAUCUUGUUAUGGUUUCUUGCCAGAAAUAUUCAGUCCUGCUUUUAAUCUUUCUAAUAGCGACAAAUUAUGCCAUCAAACACCCAAAAAUGAAGACUAGAAAAAGAAAGAAACCCGAAAAACAAAGACCCCUUCUUUUCUCUAUUGACAGUUAUAAGGGAUGUGAUAAAACACAUCCUUCAUUGCCCCACCCUUCCCACAAAGUAAGUGCUUAGUACAAGAAAAGUGUAAUUCCGAAAUCCUUGAGAAAAAAUCUCUCCAAAGCUUCCUCAGCUGGUGCAAUUUUGCCAAAACCAAAUAGACUUUGAGAAGAAGAAAUUAUGCCAUAUGUCGUGCAAGUAUGAAUGAGGAGCGAUUCUCUAACACCAGCUGGUGUCAGCCAGGUAAAAAGUUCACAUCAGCAAGCUCUGAUAUUUUUUUUUAGAAUGAGGAACGCAAGGAAAUUUUGAAGGGCACUAGCUUUUUCAAAAAUAAAUCAAGAAAGCAACAAACAGGAAUUUAAUGAAACGAAAAUAAGUGAAUUCUGGUUUAAGCAAUUUUGCUUUUGUUUAACUGAUGAAUGAUCACAGUGCCUAACGCUGUGAACAGAGUUGUCAGUCUUUUCACUGGUUUUCUUUGGUGAAGCCAUAAUGAUGAGGCGAACUUCCUGUCUCAAGAUUAUGAAGGGGUCGUCGAUUUCGGGUCUUAGGUCUUUAAGAUCUUAAGUUAGCUUUCCGGGGUCUUUGUUUUCACUACAACCUAUGUCUAUCACCACAUUUAAUAGAUAAGGGAACCAAAAUAUGCAUGUUAAAUGGACAUAGAUGCGUAUACAAGUAAGACCAUAUGUACAGUGUAGUAUUGACAGAGGAGCGCAUGCGUCUAUUCUCAGGAGCAUUUGUUUAAUUUGUAUGUAUGCAUUUUCAAACUCAUGUGUCAACAUGUGCAUACACUUGCAUAUAAAAUGUGCGUAUGGAACUGGUAUAAAUGUUCCCUUUUCCUUAAGCUGCACUAUACCAUUGGAUGUACCAAUGAUGAUUUUAAUGACAGUGACAGUGAGGAUGACAGUGACAGUGAUGAUGAUGAUAAUGAUGAUGAUCAUGACGAUUAUGAUGAAGAUGAUAAUAAUAGCAAAAACGAUAACAUUUUAAUGACGAUAAUAAUGACAUUGGUGAUGAUGAUGAUAAUUACUGGCAUGGUAAUAAUAAUCUGUUACUAUAUUUAGUGCUAUGUGACCUACUUGUAUUCACUAUUGACUAUUGUAGUUUGUGAGUUUAAUAAUUUUCUGGCCAUAUUAAAGGACUUACCUGGCUGUAUUUCCAGUCAUCUCAUCUGGCAUGAAAAACUAUGUUCAGUUUUGAAAGGGAAUGGACUGUCAUGACUAUCUGCUUUCUGGCAUGAAAAACUAUGUUCAGUUUUGAAAGGGAAUGGACUGUCAUGACUAUCUGCUUUCUGGCAUGAAAAACUAUGUUCAGUUUUGAAAGGGAAUGGACUGUCAUGACUAUCUGCUUUAAGCUCACUGAAUUUCAAACGACAGGUAAUUCAAAGGCUUCUAAUCCUGCUCUUCUGAUAUUUCUUGCAUUUUAGAAAAGACCUGAGAGAUCUAAUGAACCAACACUUAAUGUCACUGCUGCUUGGAAAUCUGGCUAUACGGGAAAAGGAAUUGUGGUGGUUGGAGUUGUUGACGAUGGAGUCGAUGGCGGUCAUCCUGAACUACAAGACAACUAUGUAACUAUUGCUUUCUCUUUUUCAGUCUUUUUAUCUUUUUGAUUUGAAAAUAUCAAUUGGAGCUUUUUAGUUAAAUAAUACUGAAAAUGAUGAAUUUGCUUUAAAUGGAAAGGCACUUUACCUUUUCAUCUUGAUCACUACUAUUUAUUUGACAAUUUUAGAUAUAUGAAAUUCAUAUACUUGCACUGCGGUGAAGAAAUGAAAUUAAGAGAUCCUCGCAGCUAAGAACACUACUGAAACGAGUAGUUGAAAAUAGGACCUGAAAAUAGGGCCUGAAUUUUUUUCAGGUCCUAUUUUCAACUACUCGUUUCAGUAGUGUUCUUAGCUGCGAGGAUCUCUUUAUUUCAUACUAUUUAUUUGUUUGUUUACUUUGCAUUUUAUGUCUUUAGAGAUGGGAUUUGAGUUACGAUUAUGCGGCUGGCAAACAGGUGCCGUUUGGAACACGAGUACCAGGGUGAGCUGAUUAUCCCUUUACAGCCUAACAUCAGUAUAAUAAUUAAUAGUAAUAAUAAUAAUAAUAAUUUAUUAGUUGUAUAGCCCUAUUUACAUGUACAGAUCAAUAGUGCUUUACACUGAAUAAAAAUUAAAAACGUUAUAUAUCUAAAUAAAAUUUACAAUAGUAAUGGUAGCUAAAAAUAAAUAAGAAUAAAUUAUUUUAAUGUAAUAUAUCUGAGUUAAUGAUUACUAAGAGCUUCAUUAAACAGAAACGUUUUAAUAGCUCUUUUAAAUUUAUCCAAACACUUAAUCAUUCUAAUUUCAUAAGGAAGUCUGUUCCAUAAGUAUGGUGCUGCUGCCUGAAAAGACUGAGCUCCAAAUGUCUUCAGCAUCUUAUCCUUAGGGGACUCUAAGUAAAGACCGUCAUUAUAUCGAAGACAAUAAGAAGAUUUUGAUUUAAUAGAUAUAAGGCUGUUAAUAUAUGACGGAGCUAAAUUAUGAACCGCUUUAAAAGUAAGUAGAAGAAUUUUAAAUUUAAUGCGAGCCUGGAUUGAAAGCCAGUGUAACUCAUAUAGAAUAGGAGUAAUAUGCGAGUACCUUCCAACGUUCAAUAGCAGUCUUGUGGCUGCAUUCCGUACACGUUGUACUUUAGCUAUCAGUUCCUUUGAGGCACCAUACAAAAGACUGUUACAAUAAUCUAAUCUAUUCGUUAUAAACGCAUGAACUAAAGUAUGGAGACUGUCUUCGUGUAAAUAUUUCUUAAUGCUUCUAAUGUUAUGAAGAUAAAAGAAUGCAUAUUUGAAAAUAUUUGUAAUAUGCUUAGACAUGUUUAGGUUAGCAUCCAACCAACAGCCUAGAUUUUUAACCUCGGAGCUAUUAUUAAGAGGCUGUCUCUCUUAUUUCCACCCGGUCAAUUUUGCGUCCAAAAUAAUUUUUCCUGAAACUCUUUCAACAGAAAGACUUUACCUAGGAAAGAACUAAAUUAGAUUUGGUUUGAUUCGAAAUAAUUUUCUGACUGUAUUAGGGGCCAUAAUUAUUUUCCAGUCCGUAGAGACCGUCGCAACGUCUCGAAAAUUGAAAAAUAGGCAUAUUUUGUAACAUUGUAAAAUAUUUGAUUCGCAUAGUUAAGCCACAGAAUUUAUAUCAGAUUGCUUAAAAACCUUUCUAGUUUGCCAAGAAAGUUAGAAUUUGCCCUCUCAAUAUAUUUGAAAAGGCGAAUUUCAGCAUAUUCUGAUCACUAAAAAACGCCAUCGGCAGAUGGCCGUAGAUAACCUUGAUUUAGACGUUAAGUUUUGAGAUUCGGGACCUGGUUGACAACUCUAUCCUACACAGCCAUUAAUUUUAGACCUUUAUAUGCAAAAACAUUCUCAAAAGUUAUGACCGUUUGAAUUAGCACAUGUACGAGCAUUCGCGUUUUUUUCGCCUACAUUAAAAUCGAACCACUGGAGCAGAUUUCGUCAUAAAUACAGCUUACCCGCUUUGCAGCCCGGCUUCAUGGCUCACUUCAGAAUUUUUCUAAUAACCAAAUUGGUGAAAUCCAUGUGAAGAAAUAAUUAGGUCAGCAACACUUAUAACAUCUGUUGAUACGAAGCAUGUGUCAAGUUUUUAACACGUUGGUAGCCGAUUUCUCCGGCUAUUGACAGGUUGCUGUUCUGUGGACACAAUCGACGCGGAACCGAGAGAAGCAAGCUCAGGAUAUUUGAAAUUGAUUUAUUAAUUAUAUGAUAUCAAACUCCAGGUAAAAGCAUUUAUUCUUUUCGUCCAAAAUUUUUCUCCCCUAAUAUUACAUUGGGAUACAAAACAAAACUAUACGGCACAACGUACGGCACAAGCUAUCAGCGGUCUUCUCUUUUGUGCGGACCUUUGUGAGAACAGUAUAACAUCGAACUGGACCUAAAUUUAAGCGAUUAUUUCUUCACUUCAGAAGCCUAAAACCUUCAUUUCUCCCUCAGCUUCCAGACAUGGAGAGUUUAUAUUCUGAUUUUGGAAAAAAUUCAGCUCUGGAGCGAUGUUAAAUGGGUGAUUCACCGCGAAAUGUGGCCAAUUCCGACAUUUGUUUUGAUACCACGAAUCACGAUGGAUGCCGCCUACUUUUCGAAGGCAAUACCUAGCUAUUUGUUGAAGUUAUCAUGGAUUUCACCAAAAACCAGCUCAGGGCAGAAUCAGCAAUACCUAAUUCUUCGUGUAGACGUUUGGUCAGUAUAUCAUGAUUAACAGUGUCGAAGGCGGCACUAAGAUCCAACAUGACAAGAAGAGUGACCUCUUGUGAAUUCAUCUUCAUUAAGAUAUCGUUAACAACUCGAAGAAGCGCUGUUUCGGUACUAUGUCCUUUUCUGUAAGAUGAUUGCAUUUCUGGAUAAACAGAAUUGUCUAUCAUGUGUAAAUGAAGUUGAUUAUACAACGCCUUUUCGGUGAGCUUCGAUAUGUAUGGCAAAUUACUAACAGGUCUGUAGUUACUAAGAAGUGGAUCAAGACCAGCUUUUUUGAGCAACGGCUUAACAAGUGCACAUUUGCAGACAUCAGCAAACACACCAUCCACGAGGGAUAGAUUUAUCAUUUUUGUGAUCACGGGAAGCAGGACAUCAAUGUAGCUAAAAACCAGUGAGGUGGCCAUCAGUAUGCACAUUCUCCAUACUGUUCUCUAUAACUUGUUGAUCGUUUCCUUGAUUCUCGUGACCUUGAUGUUUGGUUUAGAGAUCAUAUAGUAAGGAGAAAUUGAAAUCUGGUCAAGGACAAGAAGGAGAAGGGGAGGGGUAGGCAAGUUAAAUGUUGCUUGAAAUUGCGCGAACCGGAAAUAAAAUCUGCGAAAUACAUUUGUUUCUAGCUUGUUCGGUGACCUAUCUUAAUUUUUUGCAUGCACGCACCAUUCACGAUAGCACUUCAAGUAUAAAAGUUUCGGGAAAAAUUAUCUAGUAGAAUUUUCUGUAAGCCAUAAAUCGCACUUUCUUUAAAUAUAUUUAAUUCUACUAGAUAAAUUUUUUCCAUACUGUCUGAAAAGUUAAAGAAUUUAGGGAACUUUCCAACAAAGAAAUAAAAAUGGUAGGCCACCGAAUUAGUUUUUCAGAUAAUUUACAAAAACUAAAAUUUAGUGGACGUUUUUGUGGACCUUCUGCGUUGCCAUGGUAACUGAUAUGACGUCAUAAGUACCCUCAAAGUAUAGCCCAGCAAUAGAGUCGCAAGGAGACAUAUAGUUUGCCCACCCCAUUAAAUAUCCUUCUUUGUAAUCUUCCAUCGUUUCAUAAACACUGCAACAACGAAAAACCCUUUCGAGCCUCCCUAAGAGCCGUGGUGAUGGAAAUGAGCGCAAUUGUGUGCAGUGUGGGAAAGUGAAGAAUUAUUUGUGGGAGAGAGGCAUUCAGCUGAGUGAUGGCGGCAAAGGAAUGGAAAAAGCUGAAUUGUUUGAUUUAUGCAAGAAAGCUGCAGCAGUUAAGCAGAUCAAACUUUUAACGCUUGGACGUACAACUUCUUCUUAUUGAAUAUAGCAGCAGUGAGAAUAAACUGCAUGCUUGAAGCCAAAAUUAACUGAAAUUUUUUAAAUACGGUCCUGAUAUUUUCACCCUUUUUUUCUGCAAUUUCUUUAGUUGCAGUUCACCUGGAAAGACUGUUUCCCUUCUUUAACAAGUGUAUGCUUGUAACUAAUUACAAAGGUUUGAGACAGUGAAACCAAUCUAUGUUUAUCUCUAUUUAUUUACAGACAUGGUAAUAAAUGUGCAGGCGUUAUAGCUGGAAAACGCGAUAAUGGUUUAUGUGGUGUGGGAAUGGCUUAUGAAGCAAAAAUUGCAGGUAAUAACUAAAAUUUAGAGUAUAGUCUAACCGUUUGACUUUAAUGCAUUGUUUACCCAUUGUAACCAAUGCAUUCAAGGAGUUAGACGGUGCGAUUGACAGACUCAAGAGGAAAAAAAUGUGAAAAAAGGACUCGUGCUAAUCUCAGUAGUUUGUUCCUGGACUGUGAAGUUACACUCUCCUUUAAAUCCUUGGGGGACUAAUUGCAUACUUAAUUUCUAACAUACAUGUGCCAGAUAUCACAUAAAUACCUUUAAUAAUGAAAAUGUCCUUUGCAAUCGAGAGAGCAAAGCGAACCCCUCAAACAUGUCCAUAUAAACCAAUUGCACAUCAGGGAAAAUGAAAGGACCACCCCAAAGUACCAUCCUAGCUCAUCUUUAAUUUGAUUUUAAACGGAUAUUCACCAGAUAUUCCCCAGGUUCAGCUCAGAUAGAAGGUAAAUUUGUAGACAAGUUUCCACACUCGUGAUGUUUUAUUACCCGAAAAAAUAGAUCGAUUUAAAAGGGUUGUUGGCUAUGAUGUGUUGGGCGUCACGCCACGUUAAGUUGGGGCUGGAAGAGGAAACAAGCUUAAGAGAGUGUCUCUGUAAGAGCGGUCCGGUCGAUUAUGCUUGAGUCACGGAUUUCGCUCAUUUCUUGUGAGACAUUCAUGUACCUAUACUAAAACCACAAUCCGUUUGAUCGGAUCUCUUUAUUUUUCAGAGUUUUACGGAAAUUAAAUUUCGCUCGACCGAAGGCUUGUCGUAACACUUUUCAAGACAUUAAUUUGAGACAAGUUUGGAGGACGAUUUACAAAAAACUACGGAACUCAGCAAAAAACAAAUAGCCCAGCCAUGUAUAUUAACUCUAUCUUAUCUAUUGAGGCGACUUUUAUGAACAUCAUGUUUCAAUCAAGGAAACAGAAAGACUUGAAUGACACCGUAUCGGUUCGCUUAAGUCACACACGCGAAAACUGAUCAAAUUCAAGGUAAAUUUUUGAAAAAGUAAGGCGUUCUUAACUGAUACAACUAACAUAGCUAGGAAGAAGGUGCCAUAGAAAAGGUACCUACAGAAAAAAACUUUGCGGCCCGACCUUUACGAAAACUUUAUAACUCCGUGAACUUACCUAAUUUUCGGCAAUGUCCAAGUUUGGCCGCCAUUUUGAGGGACUCGUCAACAUGAAGCGUAGCAGAUAUAAAUCAAGCAGGUAGAUCUAAGACCGUCAGAAAUACAUACGAAAGCAAUUCAAAUGAACUUUACUUUCAAUUCAAGCGGCAAAAUUUGAAAUUGUUCCUUAAACUUACCAUUCUUACAUCCCCAUGCGACCAUUUCUUCCAACAAUUAAAAAACUACAACUUGUGCUCGAAUUCCCCUCGUCGAUUCCACCGCAAGAAAUGACCUUUGCCACCCCAGCUUCGACUCGAAUGUGAAGUACGAAUCAAAUAACAUAACUGCUUCAUCUUCGAGGCAAUAUCACGCUGGUAGUUUGAUUUUCGGAUCGACAAGAACGGUGAUCAGGAGGCGAUCGCUAUGUUUACCUCAUAAACGUGACCGCUGACCAGCCGCUGAGUGAAAACAGUAUAGCGCGGGGUGGGGUGGGGUGGUUGGCGGGCUUAUCGUCAUAAGAUAUUCGAAUGCAUGCUUAAAAAGCUUUAGGACUCCCAGUCUAAACAGUGAAGGCAUGCUUCGUGGUACAGACAACUUUCAUUUUACUCUUAUAACUUUCUCCUUUAAAUUAGAACUGGUAUUAAUUAAUAGAGUUAUCAAUAUAUUUUUAACCGGGGUAUCCAUAUGACCUUUUUGCUUGUCAUCAGUGGUAUAAAAUAAGGUGUCUUUUCCAGCAGAACCUUUUAUUUAUGUUACAAGUACAGGAAGAAGUCGUUCGUUAGCGAGACGUUCAUUAUGUCUCAGGACUGCUUUUUUAAUAGCAAAGAUGGAAAAAAACUUUGGUUCAUCGCGUGGCUUAAGUGGUUUGGUACGACUGUCUGAAUGCAAUGAUGAAGUAAAACAUCAUUUGAUAACCUACCACCUGUCUAAAGAGGUCUUAAGUGAAAAUGAGCUAAUCUUGGCAAGGACUGGCCUAUUUCACCUCACUCAGGAGGAUAGAGAAAAAUGUGGAUUUGCUAUAGGCAUCGCCACACUUUGGGGAAGUUUUGGAGAAGUGCAAAGGCAACAUGUCAGUAUCCUGACCAUGAUGGUGUCAGGAAGCGUAUCCAAGGGAGAGAUGUAAUUACCUUGCAUAUGUCUAAGGACAUUCAAAAGAUUUUUGGAGUUAUUACUUCAGUUGAAUCAGGUAGUCUUCAGAAAUAUUUCUGUUAUCUAUUUUUGUCUCGUGACAUAUCUGCUCGAAAAGAGAAGAAACUCUUUAUUACAUUAAGAGUACUUAAGUGCACAUCACGUUGAAAAAACAUAGAUCUGUGUGUUAAUGCUUUUAAUUGCAGAUGUAAAUAUAAACAAUGUUGCUUGGUUGAUAAUCAAUAAUGUUUUUGUAGAAGAUCAAAUCACCUGACAACGCAAUACACUUAUUCAUGCGUACGGUUCACAAUUAUUUGCGGUCAGUUUUCCUCAGUUUGUAUGAUUCUCAUUAACCAGUAUGAUUAAAUUUGCAGACUAAAACACCCCUUAUUUGAUUAAGAAUAAUAAAAGUAAACAGUGCAUGUCGGUUUUCAAUUUCUGACGGAUGCUACUGGGCUUCACUUUAACUGAGAAAUUUGCAAUCGCUUACCUCAGCUCUCUGUGUCCCAUGCCGUAAGAAGCACAAGAAAAAAGUUGAUGAUAGUGAGUCUUGGCUGAGACGAGAAGAAUCAGAGAAGAAUCUACAGUCCUCAGAAACGCCACUUUUAAACACGAGACUACUAAAGUAAAUUGAAUUAAGUGGCAUUUGUUUUAUUGAAAACUAUCGUUCAGAUUAUAAGAUACGCGAAUUACUCUCCCCACCGAUUUUUUUCUUACAUUCUGUUAAUCAAAAUUUUCAGUAAUUAUUAAGGCUUUCUUGUUGAUCGUCUUAAUAGUAACAGUUUCCAGGAUCUAAGGGGAGCAAAAGAUAGAACAAUUUUCUGUGUAGUUAGGUAAGACAACGUGCCGGCUUUAUAUUUCUUCCGGCAUGAUAACGAUAAUGAUGACAACAAUAGGUAAAAGAAAGCACCGUCCGCUAAUAAUGACGAUUAUCAUAGUUAUCAACAAAUCUCAGUUAUAGUCCUGAGAAAAUCUCAGGGGGUCCUUUAAACCAUCCACUUCAUCUCGCCAGAAAUCAAAGUUGCCUACACUCAUUCUAAGGUUCGUGCGAUUUUACGACGAAUUUUCAAUUCAGGUGUGUUGCGCGCGACUUUUGAUAGAAAAAAACCUGCACGCAUCAAAACUUAGAAGAACGUGUCAGCUGAAUGAAUCAAAUCUCUAUCAUUUUGCAUAUAUUCUUGGGAACAGCAAAAAUGACCUAGAACAAACAUUCUAAGUAUAGUGUUUAUUCCGUGAAAUGGGGCAUGAUUAAGUUCUGGUGGACAAGACACCUUAUCUUAUACCACUGACGAUAAGCAAAAAGGUAACACCGUUAAAAAUAUAUUGAUAACUCUAUUAAUUAAUACCAGUUCUAAUUUAAAGGAGAAAGUUAUAAGAGUAAAAUGAAAGUUGUCUGUACCACGAAGCAUGCCUUCACUGUUUAGACUGGGAGUCCUAAAGCUUUUUAAGCAUGCAUUCGAAUAUCUUAUGACGAUAAGCCCGCCAACCACCCCACCCCACCCCGCGCUAUACUGUUUUCACUCAGCGGCUGGUCAGCGGUCACGUUUAUGAGGUAAACAUAGCGAUCGCCUCCUGAUCACCGUUCUUGUCGAUCCGAAAAUCAAACUACCAGCGUGAUAUUGCCUCGAAGAUGAAGCAGUUAUGUUAUUUGAUUCGUACUUCACAUUCGAGUCGAAGCUGGGGUGGCACAGGUCAUUUCUUGCGGUGGAAUCGACGAGGGGAAUUCGAGCACAAGUUGUAGUUUUUUAAUUGUUGGAAGAAAUGGUCGCAUGGGGAUGUAAGAAUGGUAAGUUUAAGGAACAAUUUCAAAUUUUGCCGCUUGAAUUGAAAGUAAAGUUCAUUUGAAUUGCUUUUGUAUGUAUUUCUGACGGUCUUAGAUCUACCUGCUUGAUUUAUAUCUGCUACGCUUCAUGUUGACGAAUCCCUCAAAAUGGCGGCCAAACUUAGAAAUUGCCGAAAAUUAGGUAAGUUCACGGAGUUAUAAAGUUUUCUUUAAGGUCGGGCCGCAAAGUUUUUUUCUGUAGGUACCUUUUCUAUGGCACCUUCUUCCUAGCUAUGUUAGUUGUAUCAGUUAAGAACGCCUUACUUUUUCAAAAAUUUACCUUGAAUUUGAUCAGUUUUCGCGUGUGUGACUUAAGCGAACCGACACGGUGUCAUUCAAGUCUUUCUGUUUCCUUGAUUGAAACAUGAUGUUCACAAAAGUCGCCUCGAUAGAUAAGAUAGAGUUAAUAUACAUGGCUGGGCUAUUUGUUUUUUGCUGAGUUCCGUAGUUUUUUGUAAAUCGUCCUCCAAACUUGUCUCAAAUUAAUGUCUUGAAAAGUGUUACGACAAGCCUUCGGUCGAGCGAAAUUUAAUUUUCGUAAAACUCUAGAAAAAUAAAGAGAUCCGAUCAAACGGAUUGUGAUUUUAGUAUAGGUACAUGAAUGUCUCACAAUACAUAAGAAAUGAGCGAAAUCCGUGUCUCAAGCAAAAUCGACCGGACCGCUCUUACAGACACUCUCUUAAGUUUCCUUAUCUUCAGAAAUUCGUCGAAUUUACGCAAGUGGGAUUCGUCUCAAUCCCCUCGAUUAGCGCCCACUCAUGGAAUGGUUGUUCCACUUACCCUUCCACACCGAUAAAGACUGGGAAGUGAGGGAUUCUUUAGCAGCAUCAAGAAUAAUUCACCUUGAAAGGGUUCAAGUAACAUGGGUUCAAGUAGGGGUGCAAGUAACUCGGUAAAACGUUUUCCUUGAUUUGUAUUUGUAUAAUGCUCCUUCCGUAUUCUAUUCUGUUAGACAUUCGUUUUCUUGAUGAUGAAAACGACGCAACUGAUGCAACAGAAUCUGCAGCCUUGGUUCACAAGCUAGAAAGUAUUGACAUAUACUCCAACAGCUGGGGACCUGACGACUCGGCAUGGCAAAUAGAGGGUCCUGGACCGCUGACCAGUGCAGCCUUAGAAAAAGGCAUUAAAGAGGUAUUUUAUCGAGUGAUUAGAGCUUUUACCAUUGAAUAACAUCAUCCCGUUCAGCUCACUAAAUAUUUCAUCUUUUAUCCACAAUCUUCCCAGCUUUAUCAACUUUUCAUUCAGUUUUGCCACCAUUUUUAGGACAACUACGCACGCCACCAUUGUCGCCGACAGUACCAAACACCGUCAUGACCAUUAUCUUCAUUUCCGUUGAAAGUUUCAUUGAGAGAGCGGUCUGAGCGCGAUCGCCCUCGUUAAACCAUAUGUGAAGGACGAACAAUAGCGCAUUAACUUGUCUUAGUUGGUUUCCAUCUGUAACCACUUCAAAGUGGACAGCCCUAAGGUUUUUGCCAAUAAUGAUGGCUCGUUAGACAUUGUACACUUUCAACUAAAUGAGUUUCUUCCUUGGAAAUAGUCAAUGAUGUCUUAGUGGCUAAUAUAUAUAUAUACCCUUUGUUUAAACCAAGGGUCGCCGUAAACGAGGUGCCAUCUACACGUUUGCAGCUGGAAAUGGCGGUAUAGUGGAGGACAGCUGUGCAUACGAUGGUUAUGUGAAUAGCGUUUACACUAUCGCCAUCAACGGUGUGAAUAAAGAUGGAUCCCGUCCCAGCUACGCAGAAGAAUGUCCUGCAAUCAUGGCCACCGCGUACAGUAGUGACAUGGGUGAAGGAAUUGUAAGUGGAAUGAGUCAAUACAGUCUGCAACCCAAAAAUAGAUGAAAGGAAAGAAAAACUGCGAAGGCGACGUUUGAACGUCGUUAAGAUGUGAAAACUUGAAGUUAGAUCUUUUCUUUUAUUGCAAGUCUUCUGUGAGUUUCAUUUCCUUCUAUCCAUCUUCCUGUAACUUUAAUGUUUGCAUUUUUUAAUGAGCGGAGUGAACACAAAUACUCGUGACGUCGGUUACAUUCAGUUCAGUCGAGAAUAUGUACGAUGUCGUCAGACCCACUAUACUCUUUUGGCCUGACGCGAAAUUUUCCAACUAAAGCUGUCACCAUAAGUGACUUAAUUUGAUAUUUAAGUCAAACGUCAUCCCCAAACUUAUAAUUUCGUUCAUUCUCUAUAUCUCUCUGCCUGCUAAUGUGUGAAAAUUUCGUAUAUCAUCCAGGUAACUGUUGAUAACGCAAAGGGUUGUGUCAAUGAUUUCAGAGCUACGUCAGCGGCUACUGCCAUUGCAUCAGGACUGAUUGCACUGACCCUACAAGCAAAGUAAUAUAGUUAUGUCAUAGAGUUAAUAUUCAUAAUUAAAAGGAGGCGAGUUGCACAGAAUGAACGUACCUCUCUCGUACUUAAGUCAAAACUUAGCUUGGGCAUGUGGGGCGAAACACCGGUUUUAAGGGGGCAUGUGACCUCCUCUUUGUCAAGAAAACUAACCAAGACUCAUAGUGCCGCUUCAACUCCUCCACCCGCUUGUCGCUGGUAAGUCCUGCCGCCUUAAAGAGUAAUCAAUCAAAACCCACCAUUCAUAACACUAAACACAAAGCGAGAAACCAAAGGUAAAAACCAACUUGUAGUUUUCACGGGGGUAUGCAGGUGCAUAUGUUCCUGGAGCUCCGUCAAGAUUUGUGAAUUAUUCUUGAUGCUGUUAAAGAAUCCCUCACUUCCCAGUCUUUCUCGGUUUGGAAGGGUAAGUGGAAUGACCCUUCUAUGAGUGGACACUAAUCGAGGGGAUUGAGACGAAUUCCACUCGCGUAAAUUCGAGGAAUUUCUGCUGGAGUUAAAGGUUAUUAAAAUCAAUCCGAAGAUACGGAUGCUUAAGCUUGUUUCCUCUUCCAGCCCUAACUUAACGUGGCGUGAUGUCCAACACAUCAUAGUCAAUAGUGCAAGAGCAGCGCCUGGUGGAGUGUGGCUCAAACAAGGCCAUUGGCUGCAAAACAAAGCAGGGUUUCAUAUUAGCAAGGUUUAUGGCUUUGGGCUCAUGGACGCUGGCAUGAUGGUGAUGUUAGCAAGUAAAUGGAAGGAGGUGCCAGCACAGAUAAAAUGCGAGAUCGAAGGCAAUGACAAAGACAUGUGAGCGUCAAUUUUCCCUUAUUUCAUUUUUUGGAAUUUCCUAUUUCGGAAGCAGAAACUUACAUUUUAAUGUGUGCACAGUAAUAACAUUACUGGCUUCCUACGUCUUGUUUGAAUAAACAAGAAAUGUCGAUCUUAUUUUACCCGUCCUUUCGUUUCAGUGAGCAAUCAUCUCCGCAAAUCUCAUAAGCGAAAAGGCUCUAACCCCUUUGAGUACCACAUGUCAUUCUUUGAAACAUAUUGGUUAUUGUAAAAUUUGCGUUUAGCACCCUCUCAAAUUUUCCUAAAUUGGUGGUGGGCUUUUGAGCAACAAGGCGGCAAUUUUUAUUAAAUAUGAAAGGAAACAUUGUUACCGACGACGAUUAACCUAGCCUCUUUACAAUUUUCGUUUCAGAAAAAUCCCUGGAAUGGUUUCAAAAGAAGUGAAAGAUUGUGCAAUUAAAUUUCUGGAGCACGUGCAGAUCAGAGUCAAUCUUAAUUUCUCUCGCCGUGGCGACUUGUCCCUGCAGUUGAGAGCACCAAGCAACACAACAUCUCCAAUGACUCGAAAGCGGCGCAUAGACAACUUAAAAGGAUUCAGAAACUUGACUGACUGGAUUAUUACAUCUCUUUUUCACUGGGGAGAAGACCCGAAUGGCAAAUGGGAGCUAAAAAUUGAUGAUUUUGACAAGCGAUAUCCAAGUUCAGGUGAUCUAUCAUGA